UAUCUCAGACCAAAUACAGUGAAAAUGAAGAUUAUUCACAUUCUCUUCCUCUUCACUUUUAUCUCAUUCACUAUUUGCCAUGCUUCUGUAAAUGAUUUUUGUGUUGCAGAUUUAAAGGCUCCAACCUCCAAUUCAGGCUAUCCUUGCAAACCUGUCGAAAGUGUCACAUCGGACGAUUUCGUCUUUCAUGGCCUCGUAGCCGGAAACACCAACAACACUUUUAAACUUGGAGUCACGUAUGCAAGUGUAACCAAUUUCCCAGCCCUAAAUGGGCUUGGAGUCACCGCGAUGCGCGUAGACAUAGAAGAAGGCGGAUUAGCUCCAAUGCACACUCAUCCCGGUGCUACCGAAUUAAUUAUAAUGGUUCAAGGUGAACUAACCGCUGGAUUUGUUACACCUACUUCAACUUAUUCCAAGGCGUUGAAACCCGGUGAUCUUUUCGUUGUUCCACCGGGGAUGAUGCAUUAUGUCCUUAAUACCGGAAAGGGAAAAGUUAUUGCUUAUGUUGCAUUUAGUAGUGAAAAACCUAGUAUUCAAACACUUGAUCUUCUUUUGUUUGGUAAUAAUUUGCCUUCUGAUUUAGUUGCAAAAACUACUUACCUUGAUAUUGAUCAAGUGAAGAAGUUAAAGGCUCAUUUUAAAGGAAGUGGUUAG